AUGGUUUCUUUCCAACUUCCCGUGCUGGGGCUGGUGCUGGUCAUGGCCCUGGCGCCCCUCGGUCUCGCAGGCGUACGUCCCGCGCGGAACGCUCACUCUCCUCCAGACCAUCACAAGUCCAACCUGCCGAGCCCCAAGUUUGUCGGGCUGGGCACCCGCUACGGCGCCCACUGCCGCGAAGAGGACUGCUGGCAGACCGGCGCCUGCAGCUUCGUCAACUACACGCUUCCUGCCACCGUCGAGGGAAGCACCUGCGUGUCCGAGGACAUCUGGAACAACGGCGGGCACUGCGGCGGCUGCAUUUCCGUCUCGUACCAGGGCAGGACCAUCACCGUCAUGGUCACCAACCUGACGGGCGGGAAAUCGACCCAUCUCGACAUGGCGCCCGCGACUUGGGCCAAGCUCACAAACGGCUAUCACGGCGGCGGCGUCGACGGCAUAGAGUGGCGCUGGGUGCGCUGCCCUCUAGACGAGUCUGUACCGCUGGCCAUCCACAUGCACGCCGGGUCGUCGAAGCAGUGGUUCGCGGCGACGGUGGAAAACGCCACGCUGCGGACCGCGUCGCUCGAUGUUAGCGCGGACGGCGGGAAGACCUGGCGGAGGGCGGUGAGGGAGAUGUUCAACAUGUAUGUGCUUCGCGAUGCGCUCCCGGACGACGUCGACCGGGCGUGGGUCCGGGUAACGAGCAUCUCGGGAUCGCAGGUUACUGUUCCGGAUGUGGUUGUCGACGGGGGCCACAUUACGCAGGCUGCGGCGAAUUACUAG